CUAUCGUAUCAAAUUACCACCUUCAAGAUAAAAAGACGAGAUACUGUCAAACUCUGUCUGUAGCUGAGUGAGCGGCUGAAUGUUUAAGUUGAAGUUAGAGGACAUCUUAUUGAAGGAGCACCACUUCUUCUCAGAAUGUUAAUUUUCCUGGCAAUAGUUGCGUUAGGCACCACUGCAGUGAUACAGGCAGCGGGAAAAACCAAAACGUACCCAGGAUUCACAGUGUUUGAUAAAGAUGGUGAAUACUUGAAACUUGCAGGCCCAUUGUACGCACAUGUCAAGCCGCAUUUGGAUAAAUUUCCGCCUUAUUCCUUCAAGUCUAAGUUCUCAGUACAAGCAGUGAUCAUCCCAACUGUGGACAUUGUUUCUCUUUUUCUGAACGGAACAGUUUUCUUCGAGGAAAUGCCCAUCAAAUAUUUUGAUGAUUAUGUAGACACUUGUUUAUAUCACUCAGCAAAUUGUCCUUAUCUCAAAGCAGAGUCCUUUAAUCGGUCAAUGGAGGUAAAAUUUAUGGACACUGGUCUCAUACCGGGUUGGUAUGAAGGAGACAUAAAUGCAUCAACUAUGAUCAAUGGGAAAAGGCUUCGCUUAGGCGGUUUUAAGUUCAAGCUGAAACUUCGGGACGACUCCUAGUAACCAGUUUUCUAAAGUCAGGCACGGAGCCACUGGGCUGAAGCCUAUGCUUGCACAAAAUUGGGAUAUACGCUUUUACAUUUUUAUUUAGACAUCCAUAGAAUUGACUACACCUUGAUGCUCUAAUGCCAGUUCUGCAACGUCCAGAUCUGAGCAUAUUUUUCAUACACUUUUGCUAUUUCGAGCCAGUUUUUAUUGUGUUUUGUUGUUUUCAUCCUUAUCAGGUAAAACCACACAACCCUCUAUAGCCUUUAAAUAUUCUCUGUAUUCAAUGCCAAUGCAAACAAUGAAGUCAAACGAAAGACUUAUUUUUUAGACCAGUGGCUCUGGCUCUACCGUUGUUUUGUUCGUUUUUUAACCAAAAUUGCAUUACAUUACAAAAAUUUUACCGGAAAUUUAAUCUGUGGUGUUGUAAAUUUUUUUAGAAUAACCCCUGAAGUUCUCGCAAUCAAUACCCCCUGAAGUUCUCGCCAGCUACUGCAGAGUGGGAGCAAGACCACGCCCAUUUUGCCUCAUUUCAUCGCUUUGUACCAGGCAAAUUUUCCUUAGGAAAUAGGACCUACCCCUACCUAGCGCUUUUAAAUUCAUUUUUAGAAGAAAUAUGUAGACCAUGUUUGUAAAAAAAGUGGGGGGGGGGGGUAAUUACCCCCAUACCCCCUUGGUGCUGCCACUGAAGGCAGUGGACAUAGGUGGCAUAGGUGCUCAGGGAAGAAAAGUUCUCCGUUCGCUUUGCCCCUUAGCUUUGCCGCUCAUGAUAAAUGAAAUGUCGAAACAUUUGCCAACAAUGUGCAGAUCUUGACCAUUCAAUGCAAAACUGACACAAACUUAAACGUAUUUUACAUCUUCAACAAGCUGUCGCUGUUCUCAGGUUUUUUGCUUUAUUCCGUUACUUCCGAAAGCGCUCUCGAUUACAGCCACUUGAUAUUUUCAUCUAAGAGAUUUAUAAACAUGUCCAAAAUGUAGUCGUCUCUGAUACUUUUUCCUUUUGAAGAAGGUUCCUGUCCGAUUUUCCCAAAAUAAGUCAGCUGCCCGAAUCUCGAAAGACUGAGGCCCCCCUCUCCCCUUCCCCGCUCUUACGCUUAGGCAUGUACAAACAAAAAUUAUGGCUUGAAACCUUCUCUCUGCAUAAGGCAAGCUGAAAAAAUAUAAAGUUACCUUCCCGAAUUAAAUAGAUUUAUGUAAACUUUUGAUUUCGUUCGCCUUGGAAUCUCCCGUACGCGGAACCUACUCUUUGCCCUUUUACCGCAUGAGUGAUUCUGCCUCACUUUAUCGCUUUUAUACAAAUCAUAACUUAUAUAUCAUUGGCCCGCAACAGAGAUGGUCAAGUCCUCCGUGAUUCCCCCAUUGUGAUUUCUCCGGAAUUCCCCCAAAGAACAAGGAGUAAACAACGGCGCAACUUUUUCUUUGUCGGAAAGUCUGGUGUUGAAGAUACGAGUUUGACUACGAUUCCCAGAAUGUUUUCUUUCCUAGCAAUAUUUGCGUUAGGAACCUCUGCAGUGAUAGCAGGAAAUUCCAAAACGUACCCAGGAUUCACAGUGUUCGAUAAAGAUGGUGAAUACGUGAAGUUUAUAGGCCCGUUGUACGGACGUUUCAAAAUGGACUGGAACCCCUUGCCGCCUUAUUCCUUGAAGUCCAAGGUGUCAUUACACGCAGUUAUCACCCCAACUGUGGACAUUCUUUCUCUAUUUAUGAACGGAACAAUUUUCUUUGAGAAAAUGCCCAUCAAAUAUCUUGAUGAAUAUGAAGACAAUUGUUUGUUUCGUUGGAUAAAAUGCCCUUACCGGGAGACAAAGCCCUAUAAUGGUUCCAUGAAGAUAAAAUUUAUGGAAACUGGUCUCAUACCGGGUUGGUAUGAAGGAGCAGUAGAUGCAUCAACUGUGAUCAAAGGGAAGAGGCUUCGGCUUGCCGGUUUUAAGUUCAAGCUGAAACUUCGGGACGACUCCUAGCAGCCAGUUUUUUGAAGUGAACUUAAACUGCUACAGAGAGGAAAUUUUUUCAAUAUUCUUAAAAAGCAAUUUUUUGCACGUAUGCAUUUUCUUACACUAAUAUCUCGUAGAAUGCAAACGUUGAUAAAAUGUCAUUUUUUGCUUUAUUCUUAAGCUUUUAGCAAGUUGCAAAGAAACUUUUUACAAAAUAUGUCUUUCUUUGUUUCUCACCAAUCAGAAGAAGAGGUAAUUCCUAUUCUUUUUUUGGCUGGCAGACCAAAGUGAGAUCCUGGCACUGCAUAUAUCCUUGGCAAUUCUGCAGUUACAUUUUCAUGAUUCGCGAUUAAGGCAGGUGCGUGGGAUGCGCGCAAAGUACAAAGAAAAUCAACAGAGGAUCCAUGUUCGGUAGUUGCCUGCUCAAAUGAAAAUAAAUUUGCGCGGGUGCGGAUCCAGCGAAAAAGCUGACUUGACCCGUUGAAGAAAGGGGGUUGGGACCAAGUUUUUGAUAAUAACAGUCGAAUCAGAAAUACGAGCA